GGUUAAUGUAGGGCUCAGAAAGCAGUCACGCUCCAAGCCGCUCUGGUCCCAACCGCCCGAGGCAGCGCUCAGCCGAGUCUACUCAUCUUCACGACCUGAGAUCCGCUUCAGUUUCUGUUCAUCCGACACCAAUCGACAUCAACAAAAAUGGCUGGAACUACCGUCCCCACCGCUGAGCAGGUCCUCGUCCCCGAGACCCUCCUUAAGAAGAGAAAGAACCAGGACAAGGUCCGGGAGGAGAAGAUCGCUGCUGCUGCCGCCAAGAAGGCUGCCAACAAGGAGAAGCGCAAGGUCAUCUUCGAGCGUGCUGAGAAGUACGUCAAGGAGUACCGUGAGGAAGAGAAGGAGAAGGUCCGUCUCAACCGUCUGGCUAAGAAGGAGGGCAACUUCUACGUUCCCGCCCAGGCCAAGCUCGUCUUCGUUGUCCGUAUCAAGGGUAUCAACAAGAUUGCUCCCAAGCCCCGCAAGAUCCUCCAGCUCCUCCGUCUCCUCCAGAUCAACAACGGUGUCUUUGUCAAGCUUACCAAGGCCACCGCUGAGAUGCUCCGCAUCGUCGAGCCCUACGUUGCGUACGGUUACCCCAACCUUGCGUCUGUCCGCUCUUUGAUCUACAAGCGCGGAUACGGAAAGGUCCAGCGCCAGAGAAUCGCCCUUACUGACAACGCCAUCAUCGAGGAGGCUCUCGGCAAGUACGGAAUCAUCUGCAUCGAGGAUCUCAUCCACGAGAUCUACACCGUCGGACCCGCUUUCAAGCAGGCCUCGAACUUCUUGUGGCCCUUCAAGCUCUCCAACCCCUCCGGCGGCUGGGGUGUGCGGAGAAAGUUCAAGCACUUCAUCGAGGGUGGAUCUAUCGGUGACAGAGAGGAUAAGAUCAACCAGCUCAUCAAGGCUCAGAACUAAACUCAAAAGUCUUUUUCAUGGUUUAUGUGACGGUUGGAUUUUGUACUUUAUCAUAGCAAAAUAAAAGGAAUAAUAAUAGACAAA